CGGGGGGCUGGCCUUCUUGAAUACUUCUCAGGAUUCGUUCUCGAAUCGGGACCCUGAGCCCUCGUUACCAAACUCGCAGAAAGACCAUACAUGCACACGGCAGGGUUCUACACCAUACCAUACCAACAUCAAGGAGAAGACCGAAAAACUCCAGGAUGAGGUGGUUAUGCUUGCAUGGAAGGGGGACGAGCGCAAAGAUCUUCGAGAUGCAAACCGCAAGGAUUCGAGAAGCCCUGGGUCGAGAUCACGAGUUUGUCUUUGUAGAUGGCACUGUGUCGACGGAGCCAGACACCGGGGCCGAAGCCAUCGCCGAUGAGUUCUUCGGGUACGUUGCACAUAACGUGGACCAGGACCGAGAACUAUGCGAUAGCAUGAUAAACCUCGUGGAGAGCCAGGGACCGUUCGAUGGUCUCAUGGGGUUCUCUGAGGGCGGUACCGUUGCGGCCAUGAUGCUUGUCGAAAACACAAGACACGGCUCGUUUAGCGGUAUCAAGUGCGCAGUCUUGUUCUGCGCUGCACCGCCGUUCGACCCUGACCUUGCCAGAACGGGCGAAAUUAGGUCUGUUGAUCUGGACACAGACGGGGUUCUGGUAAACCUCCCGACUGCCCAUGUCUGGUCCCAGACAGCUGGAGAGGAUGAGAUUAGAGCCCACCAGGCCUUGACCCAGAUUUGCGAUGCGAGUGUCAGGGAGGUGUUUCUUCAUAAUUUGGGCCACGAUGUGCCUGGGGCAAAGUCGGAGGAGGGACUGGCCGGGACGCUCCGAGUAAUUGAGCAUGUCAUCGAGCUUGCGAUGGGGGACGCCUAGCAGCCACGCAUAUGACAGAGCACACGUACAUACAUACCGUACACCUCAGUCUGUAUCUGCGUUUCUGCGUCUCGAAAGGGGCCUGUGGUCUUGUUGGUGAAUUCUCCUCCAUCCUGGACCAUGACCUGGCUUAUCGUCACCGCCGGGCCCGGUGGAUGUAUUGAGAUUUGAAACUGCAGGGCCAUCAGUC